UAAUAGCCUUGGAAUCUAAUUACAAUUAGUUACAAUUAAUUCAUAAAAAGUGGAUACAUUUGUGUUCUUAUAUUUCAAAUAAUAAUACCCAUGUCUACUGGUUUUACGUUUAAUAAAAAGUAGGUUUCAAAUGUAAUUUUUAAUUGUUUUACUAUUCCCAUCGCCUUAGUUUUAUUUUUGUAUUAAUCAAAGUAGUAGUUAUUGAUACUUGUAAACAUAACGAAGACUAAAACCAAGGACGGACAUAGAACAGUUAAGUUGUAACUUCUAAAUCAUGGCCACGGCGGCAAAGAAAAUGAUUCCAGAAGAUUUCUUAAAAAAUGUUCUCCAAAAUGGAGUUGGACGCUAUGUUUGUCAACUACAACGAAUAACUUUCCGAUUUUGCAAGUCACAUGGGGGAAGCAGGCACAUGAGGCGAGUGUUAAAAAUGAUUAUCAUUUUCAUUUAUGAUUAUGAUUCAUCAUAGUAAAUCAUAUUAUCAUUACUUACUAACAAGACAGUAACAACCAUUUUAUUUAGUUUUAGUUAGUAGGCUGCAGCUAUUAAAUUACUAUAUAAUAAAUAUACUAUACUAUUCAUUGGAUUGGUAAUUUGAUACUCCAUUAUUACCGGUAGCUUGUAGUGUAGUAAGUUGUAGGCAGCUAUUGAAAAUAUAAAAAAAACCAAUAAUUAGUGAUAGAAAAGAUGAUUUAAAAUGAUGUAAAUUAUUGUAAAUGUAUUCAAUAGGAUGAUUGUCGUCACUGUAUUGCAGUCCUCAGAACGGCGGUCCCAAAUUAAAAAUAUAAUACUUUAACUUUCAUUAGAAAGUGUCCGGCUACCAGCCUAAAAGCCGCCGAUUAAUUGGCAAUUGGUGACAUAAUUUUGUUUACUUCAAAUUUUGUUUGCAGACUAAUUAACUGAUUAUUACUUGUAAAAAUAUAAAUAAACAAUACUAUGUCCGGCAGACCGCAAGCGAUGGUUCAUAUUUCAAUUUGUCAGGAAAAAGUCUACAAAUUCAUGACUCAACGCUGAAGGCAUUGUAUGCUUUGGUUAGUGUGGCUUGCUGAACACCGUCUAACAUAAAACAGCAAUUCAACAGAGAUAAUUGUUGUUUCUGUCUUGCAUUUUUCUUUCUUUUUCUUCUUUUUUUUCUUUUAUACAAUUUUUUUAUUUCAGGAGAUGAUGAUGAUGAUGAAGAACCUGAUGAGGAUCGCAAGCUUAAAAAAAUUAAUAAAUUUAAUUUUGAAUUCACCAAUUACCGGACACUUUCUAACGAAAAGUAGUGUAAUUUUAAUUUGGGACCAUCAUUCUCAGGAGUGCUGGUAUGAGUAUAUUGCCAAAAAACGUGUGUUGACGUUUCCCUUCCCCCCAGUAUCAUACAGCUAUCUAUAUUAGGUCUAUAUUAUAAAUAAUAAUUGUAUAGCAGUAUAGCCAAAUCUGAGCAUGAGGAAGGCUACAGCAGACAGCGCUAAAACCGUACUAUAGAAUUUAUAUGUAGUGCAGAGGUGUUGUCUCUUGUACUAAAUAGUAAUAAAUGAACCGGGCAAUACUUCGCCAGCAUCAUUGAAAGCGGGUUUUUAAAGUUCCUAUUUUGGUUUGAUUUGAUUGGCUGGACUACCAAUAGCUGCCUAGGAGCUAUUGUUAGUAAGCUACCAAUAGGCACUUUCUAUUAGUAUUUAUUAUGCUUUUUUAUUUUUUUACGAGGCUAACUUUCUUCAAACUAUUACUAGUAGUUUAAGUUAGUUUGCUGGCAUCGGUCCAUCACAAUGUGUCGAUGGUGUAGACUUCGUGGGACAAAAUCCACAAGGCCUGGGGUUAUUCUUCUAGGAUUAUAACCUGGUUCCCAAAAGCAAAUCACCUCUCUCCACGCCGCUGGAUAACCCAAAAGAACAUCAUGUGGAUGAUACAGCUUGGCACCAGUGGUGUCGCGGAGUUAUUGGAAUGUUUUAACUGUAUCAAUGUUAUCCGCCUAUGGGACUCCAUCUCCAGGCUUGAAUUCUGAGUUUCCUUCUCUUAGAUGAAGAGCCAUCCAAUGUUAGUCCCAUCCACCUGGGGUGUUGGUGAUUUUUUUCGCUUGACUUGGCUUUGGUGGUGAUUGAACUCCAGACCAUCAACUUAAAAUUUGCUCAGUUUAGACCACUCGGCCACUAAUAAGUUAAUUAUUAAUAUUAUUAUUAUAGUAGCUACUAAGUUGUCUACAUACUUGUAGUUGUAGUCAUAAGUAGUACCGGUAGUAGAAAAUCACCAGGGUCGCCUACCUGUGACUGGGAUUCUAGAUGUUUGAUUUAUGUUUAUGUAAAUCUACAUGGCUUUUUACCUUUUUAGUUAUUCUAGCUGUUAUUUUGGUAUAUAGGCCUUCUUUCUAUUAUCUCUGUCCUAUUAGUGGAUGGGACUCGUUAACCUUGGAUGGCAACUCAUCUCAGAGAAGACAAACUCUGAAAUCAAACCAGGAGACAGAGUCUCUCAGGUGGUAUGACAUUGAUACCAUGAAAAUUCUGACAACUCCUGCAACAUAGAAUGCAUAAAGAGUACUGUGAGACACAAGUCAUUUGGUCAUCUACUACAUCCUGGUCUACUUCCAGUCGUCUUGACCUAUUCAUGCCCUUGGAAUAAAUAGGCAAGGACGGGAGAGUGAAGCUGACAAUUUGAGCAACUGUAUCUCACUUAAACGACAUAUGGUUCAAGUCAUGGCUACUACUCAUGUUGAAGCAUUAAUCAUCUUAGCAAAUGAAGGACAAGCAAUAUUAGUAAUCAAUCAAUCACUUACUAUGUCUCUAAAGUCUAAUCUAACCACUUUCGCUAGAAUCAGAUUCAAAUACAGCACAUGCUACACAAGACAGUAUUUUUGACCCUCUUUUAAAAUUUGUGUACAGUUACGGACUCGGACAUAUUGAUCAAAAUCAGAUCAGUUCAAUCCCAUUAUACUUUAUAGGCCUAUUUGAUAGCCUACAUUAUUUUUGUGUAUAUUCAAUAUACCGGUAAUCAUAAAGUGAUGAAUUAUAAAAAAAAAUAAUUAUAUAUAGGCCCUUCAGUUUCGGCCAACUGAAUUUUUUUUUUUUUUGGUUGAAAGUAGGGCAGCAAAAGUCUUGGCUAACCCAAGACAACCCUAGCCCUAGCUACCCCACUGAUUAUACAAUAAUUUUUUUUUAAAUUAAAUAUCAAUGAUUUUUUUAAAAAAAAUGAUUGGUGAAUAAUUACUAGCUGUCGCUCAAUACCAGCCAAACAAACCAGAAAUCUUUCCUUGAUGUCAUGAUCAAGUCCUGAAAACCUUAUCAUUCACUCCAAUGAAUAAUUACAGUGGGGAAGUGGUUAAAUAAAAACUGCUUUCUUUUGUGUUCAUCUCCACAUUUUAGUCGCAACUUGUUGUGAUUGUAGUUUUAUUCAUCUUUUUUUCCAGAGAUUUUAUUGAGAAUCACAUGUUAGAUUUCUCACAGAAACAUCCAGGAGUGGUUGUUUACCUGCAGCCCAGAAGGAAUAGACCACCUUCUAUUGUUGCAGAAUACUGUAUGUUUUCACUAUAUUUAUAAAUUAUGUAAAUGGGAGGGAUUAUAAAAAAUUCAAAGCUUUUUAAUUGGGAUUUUCUCUUAUAAAUGUUCCCUAAAGGGAAUUGCAUUUUUUUUUUUAAAUACCUACAAAAAAAAAUACUUGGAUAAAUAUUAAUUAAUAAUAAUAGUGUUUCAAAUUGUGAUAAUUAUUAUAUAUGCCCUGUUCAUUUAGUAUGAAAGAUCUCUUAAAUUUUGGCUAUUAUGAAUUUGAAAUUCAAAACAUAAGUUAGUUUUCAACUCUCUUACACAGUGCUCUAUUUAAUAUGAGCCAAACUCUUUAAAUAAUACAUCUUUAGCAUUUCGUUUCUUUGAUUUUGUAAAGAUGGCUCAGACACUGCUUUUUGUUAUCAGUCAUAUAAUUACAAAUGAUUUAAAUAUAUUUUAUUGAUAAAAUGUAAAAAAUGCUGUUAUUAUUCGAUUCUUAAUUUUUCUUAAUAUUUAUUCAUUGCAUUUAAGAAAUGAAUACUUUACUUUUUUCACCUUAGUAAUAGUAAUAGUCUAUUGUUAAAAAUCAGCCAUUUAUCAAUACAAGUGGUUCUUAAUGGGUGUGUCACCGUGAAGUUGUAUACUGCGAGAUUAGCUAAGUGUGCCACAAAGCUUUUGAGACUUUCUGAUAUUGUUACAUUGUUAGUAAAAGUAAAAAGUAAUCAAAAUAAUUUCACUAAAGAUUUCAAAUUUUAAAAAAAAAAUAGAGAAUAACAUACAAGAACUUAAACUUAUCUCACAUGGUAUUUAUUGGCUUACAAUAUCUCAUCUAACACGCACAAAACUAAAAUAAAAAAAUAACCCCAAAAUAUUCCAGAACACUGACUAUAAAUGACCUCACAGCAGCAAGCUAAUAAAAAAUGACUGGUGCAUGCAAGCUGUGUGUUCUCAAGACUGAGGCUAUAUGUUGAUCCCCUCCUGCAUUGUUGCCAACUCAGACCUUGUGUGCCGCAGGAGCUCACUACAUAGGAUAUUUUGUCAUGAACAAUACAGUGUUGAGAAUCACUGAUCUAUAUGAUUUAAAAUUUGUUCGUUUUUAUAAAUGGGGCCGUCCAUAAAGUACGUCAUGCUAUUUUUUACCAUUUUUAACCCUCCCUCGUCACAAACUGUCACAAAUCUCCGCACAGAACCCCCCCCCCCCCCCAAAGUACGUCACACUUUCAAACAAUUUUUUAAAAAAAUUAACACCUAAUUAAAAUUUAAUCUAAAACACACUUCACUAUUAAACUGUAUUAAAAUAUAAAAUUUCAACUUAAUUUCCACUAUCACAUUAUUAUAAUGACUUUAAUAGUUGAAUAGUUAAUUGUCAACAGUUGUCACAGUUAUGCAUUGAAGCAGUAACUCAAUCUAGAUUGAAUUUGAAAACAAAAAUUGCAAAAAUUAGUCAAGACAAUUAUAUAAUACACAUCAUUUAUCUGCUGCUUUUUCAUUUACAAUAGGUGAGGUCAAGUUUUAGAUAAUCUUCCGAUAAUGCAAUCUUUUUACACAGGUUAAGAAGUAUAUUAGAGAAACUUGACCUCACCAAAUGAUUAAAUUAUAAAAAGGACAGUGACAUAAUUAUGCAGAGGACAACAUAGAAAUAAUAAUACUUCAGGAAAAACGAAAGCAAUACAUAAAACAAGGCUUCGCAUCAGCAUACUAGCGCUCCUAGCGAGAGGAAUCGUGAACAACACAUUCAGGAGAUACGCAUUUCAUGCUAUUUUGACAUAAAACUAAUUCAAAUGAUACACAAAAUUUUAGAAAAUUAUUUUUAAAGCUAUUAAAUUCCACUAAAAAAAAUAAAAAAUAAAUUAGAAAUUAAAAAAAAAUUUAAUUAAUGUGUGACGUCACACAUGGCCUGACUCCCCCCCUCCCCCGUCACUAACUGUCACACUUUCUUACACCCCCUCCCCCCUCCGGAGUGUGACGUACUUUAUGGACGGCCCCAAAGCAGUUUCAACUCAAGAUCAGAUAUAUUUUUUUAAUUAGCAUGAUAUUUUAAUUAAUGUUAUAUUUAAUGUUUAUUCUUUCUAAAAGUGAAUGGAGGCAGAGAAGUACUUCUAAUGUCAGGAAAAGAGCCAGGAGAAAUAUGUAAAUGGACUGAACAUUUGCGGACAAGAUCAGGGAUUCAAAUUGUUAAAAUGAUCAAUAACAUUCACACAGAGACUCCAAGCACUCAGGGCAUAUGGCAUCCAUUUAUGUUUAGAGAUACUGAAUGGGCAGUUACUAAAUUCCCAAGCAAAAAGGCUUCUGAGGUGUUGAAAAUAGGGCUAACUGCUACAGAUCUUGUCCUGGAGGAACAACAAGGGGAGCCUCUUAUUGACAGCAUGAAUACGUGUAAAAUAGAUGAUAAAUGAGUUAUAAUUAUUUGAAUUAAAUGGGAUUUUCUAUAAUCAAAUUGUUAUUUUUUUUAAUUGCUUUGUGAGAAAGGAUUGCUUAUUUUUUUGUUUAUCUUCAUUUCUUGGUCC